UGAAAACGAAAAAAGUAUAUAAAUUGUCGAAUUUAAAGCAAAUUAUAUAAAAUAUUGUAUCAAUAGAAAAUAAACAAUAUUAAUUUAGUACAAUGUACACCCAGAUGAUUUUGGUAGCUGCACUAAUUCAUGCAGCCAUCUGUUUUAAUGUUGAUGGACUGCCCACGUUCAAUGGCCACAAAUUGACCCCGACACUAAAUGCUCACAUAACGGAAGCGGGUGGAAAUAUAUUGCGAUCAAAAGAGAAAUGCCUGAACAUUGAGGAAAAGGACUUUGGCCGCCAGUCUGAGAACAACUGUUACGGUAAUAUAGCUGUCAAAAUUAGGGUUACUUUGGUCCCGGACUAUUUGGUUGUAGUGUUUGAGAAGGCCUACGGUCCCCUAUAUUUCGGAGUUUUCAAAAAUAUUUAA